AUGGCGGACGAUUCAAUGCUCCUUCUCUUUUGGACAGUUCUAGCGGUUUUAUUCGGAUUAUUUGCUCUCUGGAAAUAUUUGAAACCCAGAGAGAGUGAUAAUCAGAGAAUUUCGAGCCGCCAGACCUCCGAAAAUAUGAAGGAGGCAAGGCUGAAGUUUUUCGCAGGCAGAGAGGAAGUUUUGUCCACGAGUACAAUGUCUACAAUCGACUCUGGUUCAGACAUUCCAGCUCACGUUAGGACAAAUGACAGUGUUUUGGAGGAAAGAAAUAUUCAGAAAGAAAGACAGAAGAAAACUGUUGAUGCUGGACAAGAUAUUGAAGCUCCUGAACCUUCUGUGCGAUAUACGAAGUUGAUCGAAGGACCGAGGAAAGUGGGUAGUUCUGCACUUGAAACCGAAAAUAGUCCUUUUGAUCCUGAAACAAGCGCACCCAUAACACGACCGCUUAAAUCUUUGGAUGAAGUUUUGUCGUGGAGACAAGGUUUCGACUUCUUCAACGUGGCCUCAGUUCUGUUAACUGAAAAGAGCAGAAAGUUGGAGAAGAGACCUCGGACACUUGUGUGCCAUGACAUGAAAGGAGGUUAUCUUGAGGACAGGUUGGUAACUAUAACUUAAGAUAUCACCCUUUAAAAGAGCUCAGGUAUCUGGGGACUCAGAGAACCUAGAAGUGAAGACAGUAAGAACACAACAUCUCCCUGUCAAUCACUCUAGUUGGGCAUCUCCAGUGAUUUUGUUACAAAUAGUUACCCUGAGUCCUGGGACUUUAUAUCUUGUGAAAAAUAGAACCAUUGAGUCCCAGUUCAAAAAACAAUAAGUCCAAAAUUGAAAAUGCUUGGGCCUUUACAGGGUAUGUAACCAGAUAGUUAAUCUGGAGAAAGAUGCCAAAACUCUUUAUUACAUUUUACUGAAAUUAGAGUACCGUAUUUCCUCAAAUAAUAGCCUUCCCUCGAUUAAUCGCCUCCCUCAAAUAAUUGCCUCCCUCUGAUGGAAGUAUUAAAAAUAAUCGCCUCCUCGAAGAAUCGCCCCCCUCCACCCCUCUUGCUAUCCUCACUUCUUUUUAUCUCCUCCUUGUCAAGUUGAAGUGGAAUCUGAUCCACCAAAACUGAUCAGUGAUGAUUCAAGCUCUGAAACUAAUCAAAGAACCAAACUGGCAAACUUAGUUUAUUUUAGGUGAUAAUUUUUUUGGUUUAAUGGGAUGAUAAAACAAAAUAUUUAGGGCACUACCAUUUGAAAUUAUCACCUCCCUCAAAUAAUUUCUCCCUUUUGGUCUGAAAAAAGAAAUAAUCAUCCCAGGCUAUCAUUUGCGGAAAUAUGGUAAAGUCCUUCUAAAAGCUUGUUUAAAUCACAAAAAGACUAAAACAAAUAUGCAUCUUUAAAAACAACUGCCACAGAAAUCACACGAACAGGAUAUCUUACCAAAAAAUCUUCAAAUCGAUCGAUCGAUCUUUGCAUCCUACUGGAUGCAUGUCGUGAAUUAUUUUGUGUCUUUGGGGAUUUUUAUGCGUUGGGGAUGCAGGACGCAGAGGAAACAAAAUCACUGCAUCUCUGUGAGUGAUGUCAGGGCCUGGAAGGGAGGCCCCGAUCCUCGUGGAUGCUCCUUUUUGACAAAAAUCCUGCAUGCUGCACUUUUUCCACACUUACGGAAUUUCUUUUUUGUUUUCAAAAACAAUACAAUAAAAAUCUAGUUAACAAGGUACACUCUAUAGUUUGGUUGGAACAGGUGAUCGACUUCUGGUUUGAAAGGAGACACCACCUAACACCUGUCUGGUUGAUUCGCACUUGCUGCUCAAACACAUGAUUUCCUGAAUUCCCAACAUACAGGCCAAAAAAUUGCACAUCCCGUGCUUAAAUUUUGGUGAAUCCUGAUUCCCGGGUAUCUUCAAAAUCCCAUUUCCCUGUUAAGAUAUCUUGUGUUUUCCUGAAUACCGCACGGUAUUUUCUUCAAAUCCUGGAUCCUGAAAGUACUCGUCCAGACCCUGUGAUGUCUCCAAACACAAGUGAUACAUUUAUAUAAGGGAUCUUAAGAUGGUAUGGUUAGGGGAAGAAGUAUGCCAUUUUUUUAUUUGAAUGAGAAUCAUGAUUAUGUGAUUAUGACAUUCAGUAGCCAGUGUACCCAUUUCUCCCUUGUAAGAGGCAGUCUACCCAUACCCACCCACUGGAAAUGAGGUAUUGUAAGGUGUCUAUUACUUCAUUUGUGCUGGGCAGAGAAUACGUACCUUCCUGUUGGGGGUGGGAAUUCCACUGUAGAAUAUUUAAGAGGAUGAUUUUUUCCCCCAUAUGGUAAUGACAUUAUUGCGACAUUAAGUAGCUAGCCUACCCAUCACUCCAUGGUAAGAGCCAGCCUACACUACCUGUAUUUAAGGCUACAGGUAAGUGUAAUUUACCCAUCCCUAUACACUUGGGUAGCCGAUCAGAACACAGGAUACACUUUAUCUUGCCUGCUCACAGAUUCAGCCAAAUAAUAAAUGCAUAAUAUUUUUGAGGCUAUCUUAAUUUGUUAUGGUGGGGAGACUUGUGUGUUUCUGUGACCUGGACAGCUUAGCCACUUGGCGAAACACACCCUGAUGAUAAUGAUGAUGAUGAUGAUAUUGAAAGGGGUGGUACAUUAGGAGCAGUUUCAGUUAAACUCAUCGACAAGAUGAGCUUGGGAGCGUCUGCAUUAAAGGUGGAAAUUAUGGCAGGUUGGCGGACUUCCCCGGAUAUCAAUGAGCCGCGACUCCUGCAGCGUGGAAAUUAUGCAGUUGCACCUUCAUGGCCAACCAGUUGGUGACCCAGGAUGCUGCUGCUUGUUCUCGAAAUGCUGAUCAUAAUUUAGCCACAAGUGACCACCAAACUGCUGGUAAGUCAGCAGGAUUAGAAGCUUAUAUUGUGACAGAUCUUUCCAGCUUUAGGGGAAGUACGAGGUGAGAAAACCUCCAUCCAAGUGACAUAUCAUCAAUUUUUUUGUGGGAUCCCUUGGGAGUGCUAGUCAGGACCAUUUGGCCAUCUAAGAACAGCUAUGGCUCUGUUGCUCAACUCGACGAAUUUCCCAGAGAUGAUCUGGCUCACGAUUUUUGUGGGACCUGGGGAAAAGCCAGGGCCCACAACAAAAGGUUGAUGCAAAACUGGAAGAGGGGUAGUAACUGUGUUCAUACUCAGCAGUUCCAAAGGCACAAUGAAGGUGGAACUAGCGCCGAAUGCUGAUGUAGAAAGUGACAAGGUCCACAAUAGUAGUAGCACUGGAUGGGUGCAAAAUUGAACAAAAGUGUUCACAAACAAAGGAACCUCGAAGGACUGUGUACCAGAUACAUUGCAGAAUGAGAACUAAAGGUCUUUGGGAACGCCCCAAACAGAUGGUACAGAAGACAGUGCUAUGAAGGUUGAUCCGCUGCUGUUUCUGCUGCUAGAGAAGCCUUCACCGCAUCCACUAUCUGCCGAACCAGCGACGGAGGAAUUGACAUCAUUUUUCAGGUAGCAGACAAGCCAGUUGAGGAUCCAGCUGAUGAAGCCAUAGUCGAGACAUGACUGAUAUAAUCCAAUGAAUACAAGUGCUAAAUCAAAUGAAGAGAAACUUGAAACAAAUGACAGAAGCAAGCAAAAACCAGCAGAUAUCACAGGUUGUGAAUUGCAAUGAUGUGCAAAGAUCAGCAAAGCAAAGCAAAGCAGAGCUAAGAAAUGUAAUCACAUGUAAGCCCCUGCUAGACUGCGAGCAGCCUCUCUUUUUCUUCAGAUUUAGUAAGGGGAGUGCACGCAUGUGCGAGUUUUCUUGCCAGAAAAUCACUAGACCGUGAAAGACCAUUCUCUCUGGCUUUGGGGGCAGUCUCUCUUUAGUCGUGCCUCUCCCGUCUCGCACCUUCAGUCACGCUCGUGGUCAUUUGCGUGUCUCGGGCCUUUUGCUCGACGGACCAAGAAAAAAGAGAUACUGCUCGUAGUCUAAGCCCCUGCAGACCCGGUGGCCACUCCACAGAAGGUUAGCUGCCUGGGGUUCAACCGCUGGCCCGCUAGUGUUGUCUCAAGGUUAACCUUGUCUAAAUUACAAUUUAGCCACAUAAAAUACCAGAUUUUCGCAAGGGAAUAAUCUUGAAUUAAAGAGUUCUAACAAAGUCAUACUUUUCUUAUAGGUUUGUUCAAGGCGCCAGUACUGCACCGGGCGACUCAUACAUAAUAUACCACUGGCAGCUUAUUGACAUUUUUGUAUACUUUAGUCAUCAUUUUGUUACCAUACCUCCUCCGUGUUGGACCAAUGCUGCACACACCCAUGGUGUUCCAGUGUUGGGCACUGUAAUUACAGAGUCUGAGGAUGGAGUUAUAAGAUGCAGCAAAUUUUUAGAGGACAUGGCUUCAUGGAAGAGUCUUGCAAAUCAGCUGGUUGAUAUAGCAGAGUAUUACAGAUUUGAUGGUUGGCUUCUUAACAUAGAAAAUCCCAUACAGGUACUGAAAAACAGUUGAUGUAAACCUGACUCCACCUCCUGCUAGCUUUCAUGUAUAGCUAAAUAAUAUCUGGAUGGGUGUUCAUUAAAACUCUAAAAAGAAGCCAACAAAAAAAGAAGAAAACUAAAUAUGAAGUAAUAUAAAAUCUAUCUUGCACAACCCAAAAGCAUAAUCAUAGCUACCUGCUAAGAGGGUAAGCAUAAUAUGAUUAAAUUUUUUACUUGUACAUUCACUGCAUUCAUGGGGCUUUUUAGGGAUAAAAUUAGUGAUAAACAAGUUAAAGUUAAUUGGCCAGAGAUGCUCCAGUUGAUUUUUUAAAUUUUUUCAAGUGUAGUCACGGAGCUGCACCUGGGUUUAGUAUAAUGUAUUUUUGUCUAAAUUCCAUUUAUAAAGUUUGGUCAUGAAUUAAUGCAAUUUAAAUAUUCCAUAUAAACACAAUGGAAAAAAAUGGGACCUGAACCUCAAAACUCUGGCCAAAGUUAACCUCCAGGCAUGUACAUGUAUUCCAUCUUUGUUAUUUAUAAAAUACAUUAUUGUUGGGUGCUUUUAUUUAUAGCCAGUGCAAAUCAACAAUCUAGAAGAGUUUGUAAAAUAUUUAACUGCGGAGAUGCAUCAGCGGAUUCCUAAUUCCUUGGUAAUUUGGUAUGACAGUGUAACAUACAAAGGAGACCUAGCCUGGCAAAAUGAACUCAAUGCUAAGAACAGGUACAUAAUAGGGCCAUUUAUACGAGGAAAAAUAAGAUGCGUCUUACAUAAGACGUGUCUUAAAUAAGACGCGAACUGUACCAUUUAUACGAGCAUGUCUUAUCUAAUAAGAUGCGUCUUAGCUAAGCCUCGUCUUAUUUUAGACGAAAUGUGCCGUUUAUACGGAAAGUUCGCGUCUUAUUUUUCCUUGUAUAAAUGGCCCUAUUGAAUCAGAUCUGUCAGGAAUUUACAUGUAAUGUGGGCUGUUGGCAAAAUGUGGAUCGGACCGGAUCAGAUCACUCCUAGUGACCCUAUCCCUUACCUUUUGUCAUUUAGUGAGUUUCAGGGGUUGAUUAAAUCCAGUCUGAUCCGGGUAUUGUUGAUGCCAUUUAAUAUGUACUUUUAAGAGAAUGUUGACUCUGUUAUUCAUCUCAUUGCGGGGCUGUCACUGAAAUUUCAAGUUGCCAUGUAACUGAACAGCUAGGAAGUUUUUUGGUUUCCUCUAUUUUCCAGUUUUCUAAUGAAAGUAGCCAGGGAUAUGCCUAUAAUACCCCGGGGGAAUUCCCUGGCCCCUGGUGCUUAGUGACAGCCUUGUCAAUAGAUCCUAAAAUUUUCAGGCAUUAACAAGCUUCCUGAGAAUCACUGAUCACUGAAACGUAUUGUUUCUUUAAUAUGAGGCUGAUAAAUUUUAGUGCUAAAACAUUUUUUGGAUUAUAACACUCUCCCGGUUUUCAUUUGUUUGGCAGAAUCUUUUUUGAUGCAAGUGAUGGUAUAUUUUUAAACUACAACUGGUCUGAAGCACACUUGAUGAGAUCUGCAGGUGCUGCUGGGCAUAAUCGCCUGACAGACGUCUAUGUUGGAGUGGAUGUUUUUGGGCGUGGCUGCUUUGGAGGGGGUGGCUACAAUUCUAAACUGGUACGUAACAAGUGUGAUAUGUUUCAGUAAUACUAUUUCAAGGCUUGAGAUGUGUUUAGAUAUAUUGAUCACUGUUGAUCCUUCAAAGAUUUUGACUUUUGGAUACUUAAAAGUAUCUAGAGCAGAAGUUGUGUGUAAUGGUCUCUGUAAAUAAAAUGACUUGCUUUUACAGAAACUCUGCUAAUAUUGUUCAAAACUGAACAUACAUCUCUGAGCAGGUAUGUGCUGCCCAGGUAGUUAUUAGUAAAGCACUCAACCCUGUUCAGAUUUUGGCUUUAAAAAUAUGAUUCCUUGUUUAAGAAAAGUCCCAUUCUAGUUACUUAUUUCACUGCCUUACUGUGAAACAUUUGUGUUUUAAAAAAUUAAUAUCACACCUAAUACUAGUAAAAAUCUUUUUUUUUAUAAGAAUAACCCAUUCUAAUGAGUCCUAAAAUUAGGACACCACUGACUGUUUUGAGGGAUUAGCCCUGUCCAAAAUUCCAUUUUAGCUUCAUGUAGUUGUUCUUAGAUAGGGUCAAAAUGUGGCUAAAUGUAAUUUAGGCAAAGUUAACCUCGAAGCAAUGCUGGUCAGCAGUUUCCCCAGCUAUACUAGGGGUGGCCCGAUGCCUCUAGCAGGGGCACCUCAUGACUUAUAUAUGCAGUUGCUUGCUUGCAGUUCUUCGCAAAGUGUUGUUGCAAUAGCUUGCUGUUUGCGUGCCAGUUUGUGCUUUGGUUUUUCCCAUCCCUCCCUCCCUCUUGAGGUAUAGGCUAGGUAAGUAUUGGUCGGUAAGUAUUCCACUGAAUAGUUCAGUGUGAAGGUGCCUGGUGGGGGCCGCUCGCAGGGUUGCCAUGGAUACCUCCUCCUCAUGCUAGAGCAUUGCCUGGCUCCACCAACUUUGUAGGCACCAACGCCCAAGCUCAUCUAUUGGUUAUGAGUUUAAUCAAGGAAAGUGUUUCAUUUUGUUUUAGGCUUUUAAAGUAAUAAGAGAGGAAAAAUUGUCUUCUGCACUGUUUGCUCCAGGAUGGGUUUUGGAGACACAAGGGUCUAAAAACUUCUUUGUGAAUCAAGACAAGUAAGAUAUUAUUAUAGAGUCUUAAGACUUCACAUUGUGUGCAUCUUUAUUAAUGUGUCUGAAUUCUUUCAAAGAUUUGUUAUGUAGCCUUGAAUAUCAACUGCUGUAUAUUGUAACAUGUUUAUUUUAACUGUGUAAUGUGUUACAUUCAUAAAUCGCGACUUUUCCCACACAUUAUUUUUUCGUGAGGAUCUUUCUGGAUGAAAGAAUUUUGUCCAAGAUUCAAAAUAUUUUGUUGAAUAAUGCCUGAGAAAAGAAAGAGAAAAUAAUGCCAUUGACAUGUAAUAAAAUUACUACUUUUCACAGGGUUUGAAGAAAUUUGUAAAUAACUUGUUUUCCAUAUAAUGCAGAGUCAAUUAAUCAAUAAUUAUUACAAACCUGACAUUUCUGUUUUUUCUCUUCUGUAUCUAAGUAUGUUGCAGCUUUCACUUACAAUUUUCAUGAUUGGAUCAUACUGUAGGUUUUUCUAAUGCUUAAACUGUUAUCUCUCUUCAAAGGUUUUGGAACCUGUUGGCACCCUACUGUACUGUGCAUUCAGCAGUGAAGGAGAUUCCAUUUGUAACAUCAACAUGUCGUGGUUGUGGAAAAACUGCCAACAUAGAUGGAAAGGUGAUUUGCAGAAAACAUAUUGUCCAGUAUGAAUUAAGUACACAAAAAUUAACCUACAAUAUACUUGAUAUACCGGAUCUAGGAAGAGUACACUGUUAAUUAGGCCAUGAAUGACUUAAACAAUGGAAUUGCUCAUCUAGAUGAACAUUCUAUCCAAAGAAUACUUGAGAAUAUGAAACUUGCAGUUCAAACUUCUUUAGAAUGCAAAACCUCUUAUUUGGAGUAUUUUGUUUUCUGAAUCAGAUCCAUUGAAAUAAUAUUUGACUAAUAAGCCCAUUAUUGUAGUUACAUACACUGUAAACGUUUUCCUCUUCUUUUAUUAACAGCUAGUUUGCCGUUCAUAUUUCUUCCCUUUUAUUAGCAUUGGUUGAUUAAAUACAGUGAAACCUCUAUUAAACGAAUCCCCACUUAAGUGGACACCCUCUAUUAUAGUGGCCACUUAGCCUGGUCCCAAAAUUAACAUCUUAUAUUUCCCUUCAUAACGAACCCCUAUUCAGUGGACACCUCUAUUAAGCAGACGCGGACACUAAUUUCUAUUGUUAAAAAAUCUCUAUUAAAGAGACACUUGGAAAGGUCCCGAAGGUGUCCGCUUAAUAGAGGUUUCACUGUUUUAGCAAAUUAGUUCAUUGAACUAUCUGGCUUAAAUUAUUGAAAUGUAAGUUUUGUCUAGGUACUACCCAGUUAUCAGUGUAAAUUGUUUUUUUGGUAGGUAUAUGUAAUUAGCAGACAGAGAAUUAAACAGCUAGGAUGUUCUGUUGGGUCUGUUUUCUUAUCUGCUCAUACAUGUAGCAGCCAAGAAAUAUCCCCAGCCCCCAUACCUCAAUGACAGCCCUGAAUUCUUUGCUGUAAUUUUGUUUUCAUGAGUAAUAGGAAUUGUUGUUAGUGGACACUUUACACAUUGCUUUCUUUUUCCCUCACACCUGUGAGACCUUGGAAAGCACUGUGCUGCUUUUAAGAUAACUACACACUUAAUAAACUACCAUUGCACAAAUAAGAUGAACAUUUUGGUGUCUUUUUGUUCGAUAGGUGGUACUCUCCAAACCUUGGACAAAUCUAAGUGCACAGCAGUACCAGCCCACAUUUAUCAACACAUUCUUCAAUCUUGGUGCCAAGGGAGGACUGGCUAUCAGUGUUGUGGAGUAUACCAUGGAUGAUGCAUAUAAUGGUGGAGGUUGUCUUCUUAUUACUGGGCAUGCUCACUCCAAUCAAGAGAUGUCUAAGGGUGUUGUUAGGUGCAGUAUAUUCUAGGUUUUUUUUUCUAUAGUUAGACCAUCUGAUUUGUGUCUGGAAUGUCUUGGGUUCAAGUCCCAUCUGGAACUCAGAAAUUUUUCUGAGUUCUUCUCUCCACACAUAUCAUUCCGUAUUUAUUAUUUAUUGCUCAGAGAGUAUUUAUUUGAUUGUGCAAUGCAGUUAAUUUGUGUGUUCGUUUGACAUAAUGUGACUGCCCGAUGUGGUCGUUAUGUCAGCCCACAAAUGACCUGCUCAUCACUAGGGUUCACAUUAGUUCAGUGGUUAGAGCAUCUGAUUAGUGUCUGGAAGGUCGUGGGUUAAUUUUCCCAUCUGGUCUGAGUUCUUCUCUCCACACAUAUUCUAUUAAUUUAUUCUUUCCGUGUUAUUAGUAGAAUUUAUUCUCGUGGUGUCAAAAUACAUUGCUUCAUGACAACAAUACAAAGUUAUGUUUUAAAAAAAUACAAUGCUACAUUAACGAAUUAAAAUAAAAGGUCAUUUUCAGUCGUUGAUAAUUUAUUAAUUAAUAAUUUGUUAAUUAUUAUUAUUUAUUUAAUUAUCGUCAUAAAGCAAUGUAUUUUAACGCCAUGGGAAUAAACAUGUCAAAUGGAACCUAGCAUUAUUCUCAGUUCACGAGUCAUAUGUUUCUGUAGGUCUAAGAGUAACUGACCAUGAACAUAAAAUUGAAAAUCUACUAAACACAAUAUUCAAUUAAUACUUGUUAGAUUAAGAACUAAAAAAGAGAUUUAUCGUUAUCUACGUUCCUUUUUCACUUGCAGCUACUUCAACACUUGCACUACUUUCAGACCACUACUUUUCCUCGCAUUUUGGUUAAACUGAAAUUCCACUGUUUUUCGUCCUUCUUUCCCCAGAAUAUUCAAAACAGAUUUCCAGAUUACGGGACCUCUUUUGGUGUCUUUCACAUUUAAGUUGGACCCUAAAGACUGCAUUGAUGUGGCUUUACAGCUUCACACUAACAAGAUGCCUACUUAUCUACUGUUCUGUCCACUACCAUCAGUAAAGGAACAAGGUAUCUGUAAACUUGAUCUUAAACUGGAAGGCAGUGUACUUUAGUGAAACCCUGAAACAGUGAACCCCUCUAAAACGAAAUGUUUGUUAACCCUUGAAGUCCCAACAGUGAUCAACAUCGAUUUUCUCCUUGCAAUAUCAGUACAUUAUCAACAGAAAAAAGUUACAAGAAUUAAUAAAAUGAUCACCAAAGGAAAAAUGCUUUGAUCUUUUAUCAGUCGUAUGUUGAUACUGGGGCUUAAGGGGUUAACUGGGUUAAGCGAGUGAUGCUCUUUACCCCAGUUGUAGUAAAUUAUGUGGAAGAUAUCAGUACAACUCCCCCUUUCCAGGUAAUUAGCCAUUGACUACUCGUUCCUAAUUGUCUUAAGAACGGGGGCGAGUAGUCUAGGAAUAAUUGUCUAGGGUGGGGGCGAGUUGUCUAUAAUGACAUAUACUCUGUUACAAUGUGUGGGGUUUUCUUUGGUUAUGUACCGAAUGGUGGAGCUAUGCCAUUGGUGAAAGACGGAAACAUGAAAAACCAAAUAAAUUAGUUGAAUGAAAGUGUUCGUUGAUUCCGCGUGGAUUCAAAGAACGAUUUUUUUAUGUUCUGAGGUUUAGCAUGUUGACUUGGUGUAAAAUUGGAGUGCUGAUUGCCAUGUUGCCACUAAUGUAUGUCUUCUGAUGUGCUGGAAAAAUUGGAUUCAUCACGGACCAUCACGAAAUAAGAUGUUCUGUUUCUAACAACUAUCUGUGAUUGUAGAUGACAAGGAACUUCUAGUGAAAAAAAGGAACUAUUAUUUUAGUGUUUUACUUUCCUCAUGUGUGCUUUGAUCUUAAAUCGUCGUUGUGGCUUGAUUUUCACCUGUCUGCAGGAUCUUGUCCUAAUAUUGCACCUUUUUAACAAUUUUUAGAUCCCGGCCAGAUGGAAGAUUCUGAUUUAAAUAACAAGCUGGUUCGGCGUUAUGGCAUUCCGAAGUCGCGGACACUGACGUCAUCAGUGUUCACGUCCCCAAUUGGUUCAGAGCAUUACACAUUGUUUGAACCGCUGUCAGGUGAUCCUCAUCAAGUCGUCCAGCAGGCGUUUGGUUUAAGAGAAUAUGACGAAACUGGAACUAGCUCAGAAUGGCUCACGCGGUAAGUGCAGCAGUUAAUAGUACAGGAUGAAGACACAAUCACAGUCAUAAUUCCUUGAAACAGUUCUGGAAAACGCAAGCGACACGUAUGAAACCGCAAGAACCAAGGCGGUCCACAUGGCUAGAGCUUAUUCCUGUGCUCCCUCUUGCCUUCCCUUGCCUAGUCCCUGAACUGCGUCUUCCCAGGCCUUCUCGGUCAAUUCGUUUCGGUGACGUAUCCGAGACGAAAAUCGCUCGGACCACGUGACUCGAAACGCAUAGACCGCACGGAAUAAUGAGGCCAAAAGAAUAGGCAAUGCUUCCCCAAGACCUGAUGCUACACUGAAGUUCAUAACACGAUUACCCCGGAAGCCUAUUGCCGGUACACCCUUGGGGGAGGACCACACACAGUAUAUGGAGCGAAGUUUCUUGUCCAGCAGGGAAACAGCGCAAUGGCAACGAGAAUGCGCGACCAAGGCGCGAACCCACAUCUCGUGCGGCAAGUGUUUUUUUUUUAUUGGAGAAAGGUAACCCAUAGGGAAGUUCUUUUUUGCUUGCUGCCCAUGUAAAUCUUGAUUUAUUUUCUAUCCUAUUUGCUUGAUCAGGCAUUACUUAAUCGCCGUCCACAUGGGCGGAGGUGGUCCACAUGGCUGGAGCUUAUUCCUGUGCUUCCCCGUGCCUAGUCCCUGAACUGCGUCUUCCCAGGCCUUCUUGGUCAAUUCGUUUCGGUGACGUAUCCGAGACGAAAAUCGCUCGGACCACGUGACCCGAAACGCAUAGACCGCGCGGAAUGAUGAGUCCUAAAGAUAAAGGACUAUCGGAAAAAGAUAACUCAUAGGGAAGUUCUUUUUUUUGCUGGCUCUCCCAUGUAAAUCUUGAAUUAUUUUCUAUCCUAUUUGCUUCAUCAGUUAUUACUUAAUCGCCGGUAAAGAGUUAGAGGGAUGCACAGUGCAAGAAAUUCGACUGCUUUGUACCGUUUCUCCUGGUAAAGAGCUGAAUUGUUUUUAGCGUUGAUUUAAACAUUGGCAUGAGUUUUUAUUCAUUCUUGGCGUUAGUGGAAAGCACACACAGAUGGUCUCUUGUUUACUAUCCUUUAUUGUUGCUUAUUUAGGUGCGAAAUCCACGGGAACAUUUAAACUUCACUUAGGAGAAAUCAAGGUGAUUACUUUUCUUAUUGAUUAUAUUCAUCGCGUUUAAAAUAAUGAGUUUUUUGAACCUUCUGGAGGCGAACACCUUUGGGACUAGAGUUCCAGAAGCUUUGAAAUCCUGCUUCUGAUUGGUCAUGAAAUAUUUUCUGGCCAAUUAAAAGAAAGAAUUUCAAAUGAGACUGCCGGGGGGGCUCUGCCAUUUUUCCUGUUAACUUUGUCGGUAAUGACAACUUUGUCGUUUGGCUGCCCCUGGGGUCUCUGACGGUUUAUCGGGGAUAGUUUUUAAGCUCAUCCUCGAACACGGUCUACCAGCACUAUUAUAAUUCAUAUCCAUUGCCACUGCGUUAAAGAGUUUGGGGAAUUUUAAUUUGUGAGGUAUUCUUAUAGAGUGACCAUAAAAUAUAAAGCUAACCAGUUUUGAAAUGUUAGAAGAUAAUUCACAACAUUUUCAUUUUGUACUAGAUCGUUGAUCCUAAAGUUCUCAAACACCCCCUUGCUUCUGUACGAAAUAUUAGAUGCCUCGACUUGAUAUGGAAGCCAACUGACCAGGGGUACAGCUUGAGCCUCACCCUCGUGUGGAACUGUCCAAUGAACGAAGAGCAGUUUGAUAAACCUGUGCACUUCAACGUCUUCAAAGCAACAGAAGAUUCCAACCUGUUUUUGGGGCGCGCUUUUGUCGAGGCGUAUCGAGUUUGUCAACUGCCCGUGUCGAAAAACUGUUCUUCAGUAGAAUUUGUAGUUCAGAUUGUGACUCAGUCUGGGUUGAAGAAGCCUCUACAAGAAUGCAGUCGUUUUAAGUUAAAUUGGUAGAGCGAGUUCUUGUUU